CAACAACCUUGCUUUCCACAGUCACAGCCCUACUUCAACGACCAUGGCCCGCCCAAGCAUUACCGGCGACUCCGACCUCAUUGAAGACCAAAUUCAGCGAGAAGCUGAGACUCAUGGAAACUCUAAUCCUUCCGCUGAGAAAAAGAAACGCAAGCGUCUUCGACAGAGCAAGAGCUCUGAAGAUCGUCAUCACGGAAGGAGCCUCGAUAACAUGAACUCCAGGGAUUUUAACCUUGGCCAUGACGAUAGUAUGAGUAUCGUGGCAGAGAAAGAGCCUCUGACGUUGAGCCCAUCGAAGAAGAGAAAGAAAAACAGGCACCGAGAUCAAAGCAGACUCUACGAAGUGCCAGGGGUUGAGAACCUCCCUGCCAAGCGCAAGACCUCCUACAGGAUUGCUCAAGAUCGCGCCACAGAUGCUACCCAGAACGAUGCCAAUGAUGCACCAGCCCAGGCAGGAAAUCGCAAUAACGUCUCCUCCUAUCCGGGGGUUAGUCCGUUCAUGAGUCCCCCAAAGGCUCUCGUUCCACACGCUUCGUCUGUGAAUACUGCCCUCAAAUCUCCUUCUACGCAGAAGGCUCGUCUGGACACCAUCCUGAAGUCCUGCUCCCGAAGGUCAACUCUGAGUGCGGCAGUGGAUGACAUGGUACUGGACAAUGAGUCUGAUGGCUCUCCUUCUCCGCCUGAUGGCCCACAACCUGCUAUUGUGAAGGUUGAGCACGAACGUUCCACGAUAUCUCUCCGUGACAUAGUCAGAGCAUGCGAUUGCAAAGAUGGCCGGUUCUCAUGCCCCAUUGAAGGCUGCGGAAAGUCGUAUACCCGCAAGGACUCCCUUGCUGGGCAUAUGCCGAAAAGCCACAGUGACCAGAUCUUGCGCGACAACGGGGACAAAACCUAUUCAGUCAUUACCCGGUCAAAAUUAACGGCAGCAAUGGAUAGAAACUUGGAAUCAGCCCGUCAGGAAAUACAGAAGUAUACGAAUCGGGGAGGCAACAACAACGAGGGUAUGAGAGACCAAGUUGCCAAAAUGAACAAGGGGAAAGAAACGACAGCGAGAAAGCUUAAGAAACCAGCACCAAACGCCGCGACUGAGCUAUCUGCCCCAGUCAAGUCUAUCUUCUCAGUCAACUCUCAGGUCGCAGCCCACAGCGCUGAGAUUGAGCGCGACAGCAGUGCCUCUCCUGUUGUUGUUUGGGCCCCGAUGAACCCUCGAUCACCCAAGCCAAUCAAACCUGCCGUUGGUAACAUUACCACGGCUGAAGUUCCAUACGGUUCGGCGAUGGAAGAUUGGGAAGUCAGCCCUGGCACUGUCAGAACUGCGAGAGAUAAUUUCAACUCUGGAGGCCAUGAAGUUGCUUAUUCGGCCCACCAUAUCCGCAACAACCCCACCGUCACCGAAUUUGCCAAUACGAGCUUCGCCAUCCAUACUAUCCCUGGCGGCCGCAGCUUUGGGUUCCCUCUUGAAACAUUCGUCCGCGUUUGCUACGUGGUAUCUGGCAAACUCCAGGUUCACGUUGAUGGAGCUGACUUUGCCAUUGGUAAAGGCGGGAUGUGGCGGGUCACUGGUCUUGGAUCCUGCAUUGUUGGCAAUCGAAGCUAUGAGGAUGCCAUCAUCCACAUCACUUCUGUCAGAAUUGAGCGAGGUGUUGUGGUUUAACCUUCGCUGUAUGGGUUAAGUGGUUUCCUUGAGGUCUCUUGUGGAGCAAAUAUAUGGCCGGACUGCUCGCUCUUUCGUCUGUGGAUUUCACACAGCUUCGUUGAUCUGCAACAUUGUACAAUAUGAGAAAUAGCGCUCAAGG